UGUUUUUUGGUUGUUAUAGUAACGCUGUGUUUGCUUCAAUUUAAAGGUUAUGUUAUAAAAACCAGAAUCCACAAUAUGCCCAAUAAUUCGUCAGAUUCGAGAAAAAUACAUAAUUGCGACCGAAUAGCGAGGCAUCCUUCGGUUACUGAUCAAAAGUACAUUAAACCUAGAAGAGUCAUAGCAUCCAAGAAGGCCUUUCCAGCAGACGGGAGAAGCUUCUCAACCGGUAAAUUAGAUCCCAAACCUGCUUCUGCCAGGAGCAAGAAGUCAACAAAAUCUGACUCAGUCGUGACCAAGAAGGAGCAACACAAAUUAUGCCCCGGAUGCUGCCAUAAAUGCGGGGAUAGCUUCAACCAAGAGGAACCUUUCAAUCGCUUCUGUAAUACAAGCAGGGCUACACCAAGCCAAAACAAGAAACUAAGCAUCAAGAUAGCUUGUAGUGGCGUCCAACAGUAUUACAGAAACGAAAAUUUUCAAGAAUCAUCUGGAUCUAUUCGUGAAGCGAAAACACCUCGACAGCCGGCCCUUGAUCCUAUAAAUGAAACGCCAGAGAAGUCAACGACCCAUGAUAGUGGAGAGAUAGUGAUUCUAACAGAGUCCUCAGAUUCCGAUGGGUGCAUUGAUUUCGAGGACCACAAAUCCCUGAUGGAGAUCAAAAAGUUCAGAGAAAAAUACUUUUUCGAAUGCCAUAAUUCAAAGAGCAGAGUUUACAAAAAUAAAUGUGGAUCCAAGAACUCGGACAAUCACAAGUGUGUAUACAGAUUUUAUUUGAAUGACCGACUUUUUCCUGUACCCCUUUGUACAGAUCACAACAAUAGUAUAAGAUGUGUCGAAUGUCACUUACCUCUAGAGGAAAGGGGGGAAAGUGCUGAGAUAAAUGGCACGAUCCAAGCGAAGGUAAAAAUUGAUGAUGACGAAGAAGCUCAAGACAUGACACUUUUUUUACCUGUUAAAGACUCUUUGAUAGUGCGAGAAAAAAGACUGGAUAAAAAUAAGCAAAACGAAGAAAUCUUGUACUUUGGAGUUGUAAAACUCAACUGUGAUGGUGAUUCAGUGUUUGAGCCGAAUGCUCCAAGUAACUCGCUGGCUCUCAGAUAUCAGAAAGGUUAUAAAGUAUUUAAAAAGAUCGAUAAUCUCGUGUAUGGUCCAUCAGAUAAUGGAAAAGCCAUUAUUCUUUAACUUUAUUUUUCCCAUCUACUGAUAACCUAGUCUGACCAUUCAUAAUAAAUUUAUUGAUGAGAAUUA